AUGGAUAAAGUAUGUCAAUAUUGUCAGGCAUUGAAAUUUCAGAAUGAAACACCCGGCAUGUGCUGCGCAUCAGGAAAAGUUGUGCUGUCAUCUCUUCCUACUCCGCCGGAACCUUUAUUAUCCCUUCUUGCUGGCGAUUCAGAUGAUUCAAAAUUAUUUUUGCGUAAGAUACGCAAAUUUAAUUCUUGCUUCCAAAUGACGUCAUUUGGGGCAACUAAAAUUUGCGAUCUCGCAUCCGAUGGACGUAAUUUUGAAACUACAUUCAAAAUACAAGGCCAGGUGUACCAUAAAAUCGGGUCAUUGAUGCCAAUGCCUGAUAAUGAUCCGAAAUUUCUUCAAAUUUAUUUUAUGGGCAAUUGUGAAGAGCGCGUGACAACUCGGUGCCAGUAUAAUUUCAUUGAACAAGCAGAGGAAAGAGCAAUUGUGAUAUUGCUGGAAAAUUUUUUAGAAGAUCAGAAUCAACUAAUUCAAUUGAUUAAAAGAGUUUCGCCACGAUUGCAAAAUGACAACUAUCAAAUCGUCAUAAAAGCCGACAAAGUCCCAUUAGGUGAACAUGCUGGCAGAUUCAACGCUCCAACUCUUGAUGAGGUUGCUGUUAUUAUGGUUGGUGAUCCAGUUGACAAAAGAGCUAUAAAAAUUACACGGCGAGACAACACUGUUAGUACGAUUUCGGAUCUACACCGUUCAUAUGACGCACUGCAAUAUCCAUUAAUAUUUUGGCAAGGACAGGAUGAAUAUCACCUUAACAUCAAACAGUGUGAUCCAAAUACCGGUGCUCAAAGAGAUAAAAAAGUUAGUUCAAUGAACUACUACGCACACCGAUUGAUGAUUAGACAUAAUCAGGACAACUACAUCCAUCGAUAUCGUCAGCUAUUCCAUCAAUACAUUGUUGAUAUGUAUGCUAAGGUUGAAAGCGAACGCUUGCGAUUCUUUCGAUACAACCAGACUAAAUUACGAUCGGAAGAAUACAUUCACUUACGAGAUACUGUUGUUGGCAACAUCGACGGAAAUUUAAACCCCAAUGACAUCGGUAAUGCUUUCAUUUUACCUUCAAGCUACAUCGGCAGUCCACGGAACAUGCAGGAAUACAUACAAGAUGCGAUGACUUACGUACGUCAUUACGGCCGACCAGAUUUGUUUAUAACAUUCACAUGCAAUCCGAAUUGGAAAGAGAUACAAACUUUACUAUUAUCAGGACAAAAAGUAAUUCAUCGUCAUGAUAUAACUGCACUUUUUGGUAUCACACGUUGUUGGCUGUAUUCGAUUGAGUGGCAAAAGCGAGGUUUGCCUCAUGCCCACAUUUUAAUUUGGCUUCAAGAUAAAAUCCGUCCAGAAGAAAUUGAUCAAAUAAUUUCAGCUGAAAUUCCAGACCGAUCAAUUGAUCAAGAAUUAUUUGAUAUUGUUACCAAACACAUGAUCCACGGGCCGUGCGGUGCUUUUAACAUGACAUUACCAUGCAUGGAAAAUGGAAAAUGUAAGAAAAAUUUCCCAAAGCCGCAUACGAAUGACACUAUCACGGAUAUUGACGGUUAUCCAAUGUAUCGACGCAGAAAUACUGAGAAUGGUGGCCACACAUUCACGAUGCGACUGCCGAAUUCUACAAAUCAAGUAGAAUUUGAUAAUCGGUGGGUGGUACCAUACUCACCAUUACUUUCAAAAACUUAUGAGGCUCAUAUCAAUGUCGAGCUUUGCAGUUCUGUAAAAUCAAUUAAGUACAUUUGUAAAUAUGUAAAUAAAGGCAGUGAUUUGGCCAUGUUUGGAGUACAAAAUGUAAAUGAAAAUGACGAAAUUACACGAUACCAAAUGGGUAGAUACAUCAGCAGCAACGAAGCUAUUUGGCAUAUUCUUAGCUUUUCCAUACACGAAAGAGACCCUGCUGUCCAGCAUCUAGCAAUACAUCUUGAAAACGGUCAACGUGUAUACUUCACUGAAGAAAAUGUUCUCCAAAGAGCGCUUGAGGCUCCAAAAACGACACUAACUGAGUUUUUUACAUUGUGUCAAAGAUCUGACAUUUUUGGCCAAUUCGCAAAGACAUUGAUAUAUACUGAUGUUCCACGUUAUUUCACAUGGAACAAAUCUGGUAAAAAAUGGGUGCCACGAAAACAAGGAAAACCACAUCCUUCCGUUACAGGCAUAUUCAAAGCUAAGACAUUGGGGCGACUUUACACGGUAAAUCCAAAGCAACGUGAGUGCUUCUAUUUACGUUUAUUAUUGGUGAAUGUUCCCGGACCAACGUCUUUUGAAUUUCUGCGAACAGUCAACGGCCGAGUAUUCAAUACAUACCAAGAUGCAUGUCGUGAACUGCAAUUGCUAGAAGACGAUAACCAUUGGGACUUAACGCUUGCUGAUGCUGCGUUGACAUCAACGCCCAAUAACAUUCGUCAGCUGUUUGCAAUUAUUUUGACGACAUGUUAUCCAUCACAAGCACACACUUUGUGGGAAAAAUAUAAAAAUUGUAUGACAGAAGACAUAUUGCACCGAAUUAGACAAACAGAUCAAUGCCAAAACAUAGAUUAUACGCCUGAGAUGUAUAAUGAAGCGUUAGUGUUGAUCGAGGAUUUAUGUGUUUUAAUUUCAAAUUUACCACUUAAUCAUUAUGGUAUGCCAUCACCUGCUCGCCCAGCCGCCGACUUAGUCAAUACCGAUUUACAACGAGAAAAACAAUAUGACCAUCGUAAUUUAGCAACAAUUAUCGUGAACAAAAAUCGCAUUGGCAGUCGCAUCGUCUGGCAUUGCGGCUACUUUGCUAGAUGGUGGGCGAACGGCACAUUCAACAUUCAAGCUGCCAUUGGACAUUCAUAA